AUGGCCGCAUCUGGUGCAGGAACAGAUGUAACGACGGCCGCCACAGAAAUAGAUGUAACGACGGCCGCAUUUGGUGCAGGAACAGAUGUAACGACGACCACUACUGGUACAGAGACAGAUGUAACGACCGCUACUACUGGUACAGAAAUUGAUGUAACGACUGUAACUAGUGGUACAGAAACAGAUGUAACGACGGCAACUUCUGGUACACAAACAGAUGUAACGACUGUCACUACUGAAAUUGAUGUAACGACGGCCGCAUCUGGUACAGGAACAGAUGUAACAACGGCCACUUCUGGUACAGAGACAGAGGUAACAACGGCUACUACUGGUACAGAAAUGGAUGUCACGACUGCCACAAGUGGUGCAGAAACAGAUGUAACGACGACGACAACUAGUGAAGGAACAGAUGUAACGAAAGCCACUACUGAUACAGAAACAGAUGUAACGACUGCCAUUACUGAAACAGAUCUAACGACGGCCACUACUGGUACAGAAACAGAUGUAACGACGACCACAACUAGAGCAGGAACAGAUGUAACGACGGCCACUACUGAUGUAGGAACAGAUGUAACAACGCCCACUACAGAAAAAGAUGUAACGACGGUCACUACUGGGACACAAACACAUCUAACGACUGCCACUACUGGUACAGAAACAGAUGUAACGACGACCACAACUAGUGCCGGACCAGAUGUAACGACGGCCACUACUGAUGUGGGAACAGAUGUAAAGACGGCCACUACUGAAACAGAUGAAACGACGGCCACUUCUGGGACAGAAAGAGAUGUAACGACGACCACAAGAAGUGCAGGGACAGAUGUAACGACGACCAAUACUGAUGUAGGAACAGAUGUAACGACGGCCACUACUGAUGAAGGAACAGAUGUUACAACGGCCACUACAGGUACAGAAACAGAUUUAACGACGGCCUCAUCUGGUGCAGGAACAGAUAUAACGACGGCCACUACUGGAACAGAUGUAACGACGGCCCCUAGUGAUACAGAAACAGACGUAACGACGACAACAACUAGUGCAGGAACAGAUGUAACGACGGUCACUUCUGAUGAAGGAACAGAUGAAACGACUGUUACUACUGGUACAGAAACAGAUGUAACGACGUCCACUACUGAUUCAGAAACAGAUGUAACGACGGCCACUACUGGUACAGAAAUAGAUGUAACGACGGCUUCUACUGGUACAGUAAUAGAUGUAAUGACGGCCGCAUUUGGUUCAGGAACAGAUGUCACGACGACCACUUCUGGUACAGAGACAGAUGUAACGACGGCCACUACUGGUACAGAAUCAAAUGUAGCGACUGUCACUACUGGAACAGGAACAGAUGCAACGACUGUUACUACUGUGACAGAAACAGAUCUAACGACGGCCACUACUGGUACAGAAAAAGAUGUAACGACGACCACAACUAGUGCAGGAACAGAUGUAACGACGGCCACUUCUGAUGAAGGAACAGAUGUAACAACGACCACUACAGAAACAGAUGUAACGACUGUCACUACUGGUAUAGAAACUGAUAUAACGACGACAACAACUAGUGCAGGAACAGAUGUAACGACGGCCACUACUGCUGUAGGAACAGAUGAAACGACGUUUACUACUGGUACAGAAACAGAUGUUACGGCAUCCACUACUGGUACAGAGACAGAUGUAACGACGGCCACUACUGGUACAGAAUCAAAUGUAGCGACUGUCACUACUGGUACAGGAACCGAUGAAACGACUGUUACUACUCUGACAGAAACAGAUCUUACGACGGCCACUACUGGUACAGAAACAGAUGUAACGACGACCACAACUAGUGCAGGAACAGAUGUAACGACGGCCACUUCUGAUGUAGGAACAGAUGUUACAACGGCCACUAAAGGUACAGAAACAGAUUUAACGACGGCCUCAUCUGGUGCAGGAACAGGUAUAACGACGACCACUACUGGUACAGAAACAGAUGUAACGACGGCCACAUCUGGUACAGGAACAGAUGUAACGACGGCCACUUCUGGAACAGAUGUAACGACGGCCCCUAGUGAUACAGAAACAGAUGUAACGACGACAACAACUAGUGCAGGAACAGAUGUAACGACGGUCACUUCUGAUGAAGGAACAGAUGAAACGACUGUUACUACUGGUACAGAAACAGAUGUAACGACGUCCACUACUGGUUCAGAAACAGAUGUAACGACGGCCACUACUGGUACAGAAAUAGAUGUAACGACGGCUACUACUGGUACAGAAAUAGAUGAAAUGACGGCCGCAUUUGGUGCAGGAACAGAUGUAACGACGACCACUUCUGGUACAGAGACAGAUGUAACGACGGCCACUACUGAAACAGAAUCAAAUGUAGCGACUGUCACUACUGGAACAGGAACAGAUGAAACGACUGUUAUUACUGUGACAGAAACAGAUCUAACGACGGCCACUACUGGUACAGAAAUAGAUGUAACGACGACCACAACUAGUGCAGGAACAGAUGUAACGACGGCCACUUCUGAUGAAGGAACAGAUGUAACGACGACCACUUCUGGUACAGAGACAGAUGUAACGACGGCUACUACUGGUAUAGAAAUUGAUGUAACGACUGCAACUAGUGGUACAAAAACAGAUGUAUCGACGGCCACUACUGAUAAACAGAGGGCCACUACUGGUACAGAAAUAGAUGUAACGACGGCCACUUCUGGUACAGAGACAGAGGUAACGACGGCUACUAAUGGUACAGAAAUAGAUGUAACGACUGCCACUAGUGGUACAGAAACAGAUGUAACGACGACCACAACUAGUGAAGGAACAGAUGUAUCGACGGCCACUACUGUUACAGAAACAAAUGUAACGACUGCCAUUACUGGUACAGAAACAGAUUUAACGUCGGCCGCAUCUGAUGUAGGAACAGAUGUAACGACAGCCACUACUGGAACAGAAACAGGUGUAACGACUGUCACGUCUGGUACAGAAACAGAUGUAACGACGGCCACUACUGUGACAGAAACAGAUCUAACGACGGCCACUACUGGUACAGAAACAGAUGUAACGACGACCAUAACUAGUGCAGGAACAGAUGUAACGACGGCCACUACUGAUGUAGGAACAGAUGUAACAACGGCCACUACAGGUACAGAAACAGAUGUAACGACGGCCGCAUCUGGUAUAGGAACAGAUGUAACGACGGCCACUACUGGAACAGAAAUAGAUGUAACGACGGACACUACUGGUACAGAAACAGAUGUAACGACGGCCACAGCUGGGACAGAAACAGAUGUAACGACGACCACAACUAGUGCAGGAACAGAUGUUACGACGGCCACUACUGAUGUAGGAACAGAUAAAACGACUCCCACUACUGAUACAGAAACUGAUGUAACGACGGCCACUACUAGUACAGAAACAGAUGUAACGACGGCCACUACUGGUACAGAAACAGAUUUAACGACGGCCGCAUCUGGUGCAGGAACAGAUGUAACGACGGCCGCCACUGGUACAGAAACAGAUGUAACGACGGCUACUACUAGUACCGAAACAGAUGUAACGACGGCCACUACUGGUACAGAAUCAAAUGUAGCGACUUUCACUACUGGUACAGAAACAGAUGUAACGACGACAACAACUAGUUCAGAAACAGAUCUAACGACGGCCACUACUGGUACAGAAACAGAUGUAACGACGACCAUAACUAGUGCAGGAACAGAUGUAACGACGGCCACUACUGAUGUAGGAACAGAUGUAUCGACGGCCACUACUGAUGUAGGAACAGAUGAAACGACGGUUGUUACUAGAACAGAUGUAACGACGGUGACUACUGGAAAAGAAACAGAUGUAACGACGGCCACUAGUGGUAUAGAAACAGAUGUAACGACGGCCACUACUGGGACAGAAACAGAUCUAACGACUGCCACUACUGGUACAGAAACAGAUGUAACGACGAUCACAACUAGUGCAGGAACAGAUGUUACGACGGCCACUACUGAUGUAGGAACAGAUAAAACGACUCCCACUACUGAUACAGAAACUGAUGUAACGACGGCCACUACUAAGACAGAUGUAACGACGGCUACUAAUGGUACAGAAAUAGAUGUAGCGACUGCCACUAGUGGUACAGAAACAGAUGUAACGACGACCACAACUAGUGAAGGAACAGAUGAAUCGACGGCCACUACUGGUACAGAAACAGAUGAAACGACUGUCAUUACUGGUACAGAAACAGAUUUAACGUCGGCCGCAUCUGAUUUAGGAACAGAUGUAACGACAGCCACUACUGGAACAGAAACAGAUGUAACGACGGCCACUUCUGGUACAGAAAAAGAUUUAACGACGGCCACUACUGUGACAGAAACAGAUCUAACGAUGGCCACUACUGAUACAGAAACAGAUUUAAUGACGACCACAACUAGUGCAGGAACAGAUGUAACGACGGCCACUACUGAUGUAGGAACAGAUGUAACAACGGCCACUACAGUACAGAAACAGAUGUAA